GAUAAGUCGAAAAAAGGGUUACAAAACCCUUUUUUUCGAUAAGCCGACUGAUAAGUCUGAAUUCAUUAGAAGAAACCCUAAUGUGGCCGUUGUAACUAUCAUCCGCAACUCCACAAAGUGUUUCCAGAAUCAAAACCCUAUUACGUAGUAAUAUAUAAAGAUUUAAUUCUCUGCUGGAGAUUCAAUUUUGGAUUUGACUUUCGGAGCUAUGGGCAACUCAAUUAUGGUAAUUUGUUUUCUAGUUGCAAUUUGACUGGUCAUCUUUUUGCUAGAAGGAGCAAUUGAUGCUCAGAAUGGAUAGCAAUAGCCCACUGGAGCAUACACUGCGCUACAUUCUCAGCCAGAUCAAUCCUUCAAAAGAUGAUUGGUCCUUUAGGUUUCAAUUAAUUGAAGAACUCCGAGCUGUUGUGCAACCUGUAGAAAGUUUGAGAGGUGCGACAGUGGAACCAUUUGGGUCAUUUGUAUCUGAUCUCUUUACAAGGUGGGGGGAUCUCGAUUUAUCUAUAGAGUUGGCUAAUGGUUCCUAUAUCUCAUCUGCCGGGAAGAAGCAAAAGCAAAGUUUACUGGAAGAUGUUUUAAAAGCAAUGAGGAGUAGAGGAGGGUAUCGGAAAUUGAGGUUAAUUACUGGUGCAAGAGUCCCUAUUUUGAAAUUUGAGGCAAGGUAUAACAUCUCCUGCGACAUAUCAAUAAACAAUUUGUGUGGCCAAAUGAAGUCCAAACUGCUCUACUGGAUCAGUACAAUUGAUGAACGAUUCCGUCCCAUGGUUUUACUGGUCAAGGAAUGGGCGAAAGCCCAGAAAAUUAAUGAUUCAAGAAAUGGAACGAUGAAUUCAUAUUCGCUCAGCAUGCUAGUUAUCUUUCACUUUCAGACUUGUGAACCUGCUAUUUUACCUCCGCUGAAAGAAAUAUAUCCAGGAAAUAUGGUGGAUGAUCUUUCAGGUGUGAGGGUUACUGCAGAGAAGCAUAUUGAAGACACAUGUGGCAACAACAUAAACCAAUUUAAAUCUAAUCGGUUCCAACCCCGUAAUCUCAGUUCUCUAUCUGAUCUCUUUAUUUCAUUCCUCGCGAAGUUUUGUGACAUUGGGUGCAAAGCUUCUGAUCAAGGGAUUAGCACAUAUACUGGACAAUGGGAAGAAAUUCAAGGGAACAUGAGAUGGUUACCAAAAACAUAUGCACUAUUCAUUGAAGACCCCUUUGAACAACCUGCUAACACAGCAAGGAGUGUCAGCAGCACCCAACUGGAAAACAUAACUGAAGCUUUCCAAGCAACCUUUAAUAUGUUAACAUCUCCCGACCAAAAUCCGCAUGUGGUAAUGUCUAGUCUUACUAGGCCACAAUUGCCAAAUUAUGUGGAGAGAACACCACCUGCUAGGAUCCACAUCAAUCAUCACACCAGAAAUUUUAUUGGAGAACAAACUGGUCGUCGUCCGAAAUUGCCCAUGCCUAUCCUCACUAGGCCUCGUAUCCCAAAUGUUGCAACGGGAAAUCCUACUAGAAUUAGUACUAGAGAACAGCACUGUUGCCCGAAUCUGGUAAUGUCUACUUUGACUAGGCCACAAAAAACAAAUUUUAUUGCAAGGCCUCCUGUUACAGAACAGGGAAACAAUAGUGGGAAAGGAAAUAGCAUUGUGGGGAUGCAUCACAAUGGGAAAACCGUGCAUCUAUCAUUACCUCAUCAAUUUCAAAAAAUGAUGAUCAAUGAGGGGAAGCAGCCAGAUACAGUAGUUGAUGGACCUAAUCGGGAUUCUUCUUUACAAUCACAGCGUGCAAGUAAUAGACAUGCCCAGAAGUCUCCUGCUAAGAUACAGCCAAUCUGGAGGCCUAAAAAUGGCAAAAAGAGUGGUGAAUAAUUCCCAUGGCCUUGGAGGUUGUCUGCCCAGGAAUCUCCUGCUUUGCUUUGCAAAAAAUCAUGUUUCAUGCUAUCCAUGUUUUGUUUUUUAUGUUAACAAAUAGUAGUAGUGAUGUUUCAAGAUUUUCUGUUUUGCACUGUCAAUCUUGUAAUAAGCAUGUCAAUCAGCACCAUUCUCAAAUCUCAAUAUGUUGUCUCAUUAUAUAAGCAUGUCAAUCAGCACCAUUCCUGCUAAGAUACAGCCAAUCUGGAGGCCUAAAAAUGGCAAAAAGAGUGGUGAAUAAUUCCCAUGGCCUUGGAGGUUGUCUGCCCAGGAAUCUCCUGCUUUGCUUUGCAAAAAAUCAUGUUUCAUGCUAUCCAUGUUUUGUUUUUUAUGUUAACAAAUAGUAGUAGUGAUGUUUCAAGAUUUUCUGUUUUGCACUGUCAAUCUUGUAAUAAGCAUGUCAAUCAGCACCAUUCUCAAAUCUCAAUAUGUUGUCUCAUUAUAUGUUCCAUGCAAUUAGAAACAACAUUUGGUGUGGCCGUUGGUGGUUUUCGAAUUUCAUCUCAAUAUUCCUCUGCAAGGGGCCAAACAUUG